AUGGCAUAUCUUGGUGGAAAUUGGGGUACGCUGAAGCACAAUGAUACUAUCCGCACGACUGUUCGCACAUAUGCAACUGGCUCGAGAUUGUCUUUAAUCGACACUAAAGAUAAGCAGAUAUCAUCGCAACCUUUCCGUGCAACUGCUCAUUACGGAAGCAACGUGAGCUUAAAGACCUUAUCAACAGAUAAUACUGGAAAUGCUACAACGAAUUUGAAGAAUUUCGAUUACUCUAGUGGUAGUUUAAUUAAUCUUAAUGACCACACAGAAAUAUCGCGUAUUCGACGCAGAAGUCCGAGUUUGCCGCCAAUUUAUAAUAAAGAUCAGCAACAAUAUCUAUAUCAGGAACAACGACGUAACUUCGAAGGCGAAGGGUCGCGUUACCACCAGACUCAUAAGCCACAAAAACAGCCGCAUCAGCAGCAUCGAUCGAACGAUCGUCAUGAAAACCAGAACGAACCGUCACCCCAUUACGGCUCGUUAGGCGAAGAACGCGAGGGUGAAACUUCGGGUUACGCCAGCGAUUCCGUCGAUGUAUCCUUGCCGGAAUCUCGGCGACUCAUACCGGGAUGUAAGGGUUCUGAAACGGAUACAAUGGAAAGAACUUGGCAAAAUCCUUAUUACACAACACCAGACAGCUCGUUACCACCAUCGAGAAGACUUUCGGAUGGAAGAGCUGGAGAAUUAAUAAAUAGACCCAGAUGGGGUAGUGUUUGGGGACAGGAUAGUGUGAGAGGAGAUCCACCACCACCCCCAUCUUGGCUUUCGAGAUUGGGCCAAUCGAGUCAAGUAUUAGUAAUUAAUCACGAUAGUGCAAGUAGUCCAGACAGUUCAACUACUGGAUCAACCGGUUCUGAUACUACCAAAACUUAUCUUCGUGGACAAAACAUACCAGUUGAUGCAAACAUUCUUCAAGAACGAGAAGUAAGAAGACAGAAAGCUCUGGAACUUCAAAAUGCUAUAAAGCAGCAACUUGAAGAAAAAGAUAGACAAAGGAAAGAAGAAAGAGCGAGAAGGUUAAGGGAAGAACAAUUGGAAGAGGAAAGAAUUAGGCGAGAAAGGGAUAGAGAAAAAGAAAGGUUCGAGGAGGAGCAAAGGAAAUUAAAAGAGAAAGAAGAAGCAAAAUUAAAGAAAGCCGAAGCGAUGCGUGAAAUACUUCAAGCAGCGGAGAAUUCAGCCAAAGAAGAAAAAAAGAAUCGUCGAAAACGUAUCGAAAUAGAGCAACCGAUGUUAAAUCAUUCUACCGAAAGUUACGACUUAAAAAUAAAACAAUAUCCAGUCAAAAAUUGCACAGAUAAUAAGUCUCAAGAGCAUUUGUAUAAUUGUUGUCAUGAAUCUCAAAUUCCAAAAGAUGCAAAAGAAAUUAUUGAGAAAAAAAUUGAUCAUGAAAAAAACGAAAUCGUUCAUUUGGAGAAAUCGGAAGGCACGACAGAAGAAGUCAAUUCUGUCCAAGUUCCAAUUAGUAAGGACGUGGCAAUUGUUUUAAGUGGAAGAUUGGAAGAUUCAGAGUUACUUAAAAAAGCUAAUUUGCAAUUAGUAAACUUGGUCGUGACUCCAAGUCCAAGAAAAUCGGAAAACGAAUCAAGUUUAUCUUUGGGAUUAGAUGUUCUAAUGAAGAAUCUAGGAAGUCCUAUUUUGGCUAAAAGUUCAUCGAAAAUCUCAUCGACAAUUACUGAAAAUCGCCUACUUACACCCAGCAAAUACAGAGUGACCUCUGGUCGAGAUUUUGGUACGCAGACCGAUAUUGAAAGUGAUCUUCAGGAUCUUCGCGAGAAGAUUCAAGAAUCCUCAACAAAGGAUGGAUCGAUUAAGGAACGGAAGGACACAACCAAUGCUAACAGAAGAGACGUAGAAAAGUCAACAAAUGUAUGUCAAGCAGAAGAACUUCCGACUAAGUCAUUUACAAGGUCUAAAUCUCAGCCCCGACAAAGUAUUGAAUCUAGACCACGUUGGAAUGCCAACAGACCAGGUACACGGUAUAGAACGCAAAGUGAGAAAGAUCCGCAUUAUCAGAGACGAUUGCGAUUGAGAAAGCGUCAAGUUGAAUCUAGCGAUGAAGGGUCAAGAUCACCGUCUCCCGAUAGAAGAAAACCGAUAAAUACAAAAGUAAAAUUGCGAAAUUCAAUUAGAAGGAAAUUAAAGGUUGAUAGUUAUGAUGCUGAUCUAUCAAUGGAUAGUCUCAAUUCUGUUGUACCAUUGCGUAUUGAUCGAAAUGGAAAAAUUAAUAUUGAAAGUAACUCAAACAAUAGAAAUAAACGUUUACUCGAUAUUAAUCAUAUGAAUGAAAUCGAAGGAAAGCCAGAAAAUAAGCAGUCUAAUAUUUGGUGCGGACGUGAAAUUUUGGAAAAAUUAAAUUCUUUAAGAAAUGGUCUCUUAAUGAAACAAUUAGAAUGGGAUCCCAAUAGAAGUUUGGUAUCGCCAACUGCAUCGGAAAUUUUUUAAUAUUAUCAA